GAAGAUAAACCCCAUUCCGUUUUUGUCUAUCUGAGUUUGCCUCUUUAAUGAAAGGUUUCAUAACUGGAUGAAUUAUUGCGUUAUUUGAGAGCGUCUUUAUUUGUAUAAAUUAUAGGUGUGUGUGUAUAAAUAAGCGGGCAGUGUUUGAGAUUAGAUAUACCUUAAGUACUGAUUGUACCACAUUAUAUCGACAUUAUUCUAGGUCAGUUAAACUUCACUUCAAGAUGUUAGAAAUACUCAAACCCUCUGACUAUCCACAAUUAUUGAGACUGUUGGGGGAUGAUUAUAUUGGAGCACAUCAGAUAGUUCAUUUGGUAGAAAAUGUGAUUAGUGGUAAAAUACCUGAAGUACAGAUAAUGGUAGAUAAAUGGCCUGAAUUUAAUGUGGUUAUACUUGAACAAGUGGGACUUCAACCGCAUAUACUACGAAAGAAUCAUUAUACAUUUUACACGAAAGCAAAUAAACAACAGCAAUUAGAGGAUGUACUAUUGUCUCAUGACGUCAUAGACCCCGAAAAAGAAGGGCUAUUAAUAGGAUUACAAGAGUUCAACUGGAAUGUGAUAUACAAAGCUGUUGAACAGAAAAAUAUUGGUUACAUAAAACCUGUUGACCCUACAAAAUGCUAUACAAUCAAGUUACAAGAUUUAAUAGUUUUCCCAGUUUCACCAGGUUUGAAGUUGAAACCUAUACCACACGAUACAGUCGAUAUUAUGUUGUCAUCCUGGAAUUAUGCAAACGAAGUCACACCGGAUUAUUUUUACUACCUUAUCGACCAUUAUAAAACCGUAGCUCUAUACGACGUGGAUGAUUCGUUGAUAGGAUAUAUGAUGCAAACCCAAUUAGGCACAGUCGGUAUGCUGAGAAUUCUUCCAGAAAAACGAGGAAAGGGAUAUUCUAAAAUCAUCCUUUCCAAUCUAGUUAAAAUGGUGUUUGAGGAUGGCGCAGAUGUUGUUACGUCAAGUAUAGACCCCAAGAAUGAAAUAUCAAUAAAUUUACACCUUAAAACUGGGUUUAAAGAUUCAUUAACUCAAGAAGGAUGGCUUGACUUUUAUCCCUUUAAACAUGAAUGAUGUUAUUUUAUUUUAGAUAGUAAAAUAUAUCACUAAUAUUUGUGAAACGUAUCUCCCAUUCCAUGAAAUAUGAUGCUGUGCGAAAGAUGCUAUGUAGAAAGCGUGAAGGACAAAUGUGAUGUGGCAGAGCGCAAAUGUAAAAUGUAAUGAGAGAAAUGUAAAAUGUA